CCAUAAGGAAAUUGCAAAUUACAUUUAUAGAUAGAAACCCGCCAGGGAGGAAGAGUAUGUAAUAUUGUAAUGUAAUCAGUCCUUUAAGCAAGCAGAAGAGACAAUUCCUCGCAUUGGCCGUUUCAAAAAGCUGCGUUUUUCUCCGUUUCUUCCGUUGUUUGUAUCCCCGUUCUCAUCCGCCGUAUCGCCGGUUUUGUUCUCUCCUAUUACGGAGGGAUGGCGAAUAGAGUGGAGCAUGAAUACGAUUACCUGUUUAAGAUCGUGUUGAUCGGAGACUCUGGAGUCGGGAAAUCCAAUAUUCUGUCCAGGUUUACCCGAAAUGAGUUCUGCUUGGAGUCCAAGUCCACUAUCGGAGUCGAAUUCGCCACCCGAACUCUUCAGGUGGAAGGAAAGACAGUCAAGGCUCAGAUUUGGGACACUGCAGGCCAAGAAAGGUACCGAGCUAUCACCAGCGCUUACUACAGAGGAGCUGUAGGUGCUCUCCUUGUCUAUGACAUAACAAAGAAGCAAACCUUUGAAAAUGUCCUAAGGUGGCUGCGAGAACUAAGAGACCAUGCAGACUCUAACAUUGUCAUCAUGAUGGUUGGCAACAAGUCGGAUCUCAACCACCUUAGAGCAGUCUCGGAGCAGGAUGGUCAAGCUUUGGCUGAAAAGGAAGGGCUCUCGUUUCUAGAGACAUCUGCUCUGGAAGCAGUUAACGUUGAAAAGGCUUUUCAGACUAUUUUGGUGGAAACCUACCAUAUAAUCAGCAAGAAGGCAUUAGCUGCAGAGGAAGCAGCAAAAGCCGCAGCCCUUCCUGGUCAGGGCACCACCAUCAACGUUGAUUCCUCUGACAAUGCUAAGAGAGGCUGCUGUUCAAACUGAGUUGAAUUUCCCGGAGGGAAGCAUGGGUGGUUUUAGCAAGCACAAACUUUUUCUUUUUUAAAUUUUCGUAUUUUCUUUUUCUUCUCUCUGAACAAGAGAGGCUUGUAGAGUACUUUCUUACCGCAUUGUUACAAAAGAGCUCGUGAAUGUUAAUUGUUUAGUGGGUUAGGAGGAUGUUCUCUAAUAUGGCGCACCAAAGAAACAAAAACAAAAAUAUUAGUUUUCUGCGAGGUGGAAGAGUGGUGGUUUGAAAACAGAAGUUUUGAUAGCGAAGUAGUGCUAGUGCUCUUUGCGUGUCCACAACCACGGAUGCAGAUUGCAGGCCUACCACCUAAUCCUUUGAUUAUAUAAAUGAUUGAAAUGUUUACUUUUUCAAUGUGUGCCGUUCUAGUGAAAGGCAUAUUUUACCUGUAAUCCGUGGGAAUUAUUCGUCCCAUUGUUUAGUACACUACUGUUUCUCA